AUGCCCGCACCAAGUCGUUAUGCUCGAUCCACUACCAAGAUCUCAUGGACAGAGGGUGGAGAAGCGAGGGAGUUUCAAGCACAACGAGACCAGCGGCAGGCACUGCAUCGAUGGAACCGAUAUGUGCUAGGUGAGGAAUAUAUCAAGGAGGCGAGCAAGAAGUAUCCAAGGACGAAAGAGUCUGUCUCGUCAUCAAUCACCAUAUCACGACGGCGACUAACGUCCUACAGAGAGAAGAAACGCCAGAACAACAACUUUGACCUCCUCACCACCCUCCACGAGGCCGAGCAGCCCAACCUCAAACCCGACAUCAAACCCGCCCACACCUUCACCGUCACCCUCGAACCCGACACCUACACCGAAGAGAAAUUCACCCUCUUCUCCAACUACCAGUCCCACGUCCACAAGGAACAACCCCACGAAAUCUCCCGCACCGGCUUCCGCCGCUUCCUCUGCUCCACACCCCUCCACAACCACCCGGACCCCGCCGCCCUGGACAAGAAAACCGGCUCCUUCCACCAACUCUACCGCCUCGACGGCCGUCUCAUCGCCCUCUCCGUCCUCGACCUUCUCCCCGGCGCCGUAAGCGGUGUCUACUUCAUCUACCACUCCGACUUCGAAGCCUGGUCCUUCGGCAAACUCUCCGCCCUCCGCGAGACCGCUCUCGCGCUCGAAGGCGGCUACGAAAUGUACUACAUGGGCUACUUCAUCCACAGCUGCAAGAAAAUGGCCUACAAAGGCGACUACCGCCCGCAGAACGUCCUCGACUACGACACCGGCGAGUGGGACGUCAUGGACUCGUCCAUGCGAGACCUCAUGGGCAAGAGGAAAUGGGUCAGCAUGUCCCGCGAACGCCGCAUCGCCGCGCUUCUCGACGCCGCGCCCGGCUCCGAAGACACGGAGCGCGAACUCGUGGACCACGAAUACCGCGUCGCGCACCCGACGCCGACGGAAGCCAUGAACUCCGGCAAAUCGCUCCUAGAGCUCCACGUACCCGGUGCGCUGGCGGCGGAGGAGGUAGAGGAGCAGGUGGAUCUGGACGAUAUGAAAGUCACGCUGGGAGGGGGGACGGUGCAUCGCAUGCGCGAUAUUGUGAGUUGGGCGGAGGGGCGGGUGACGGAUUCGGGGAGUAUCAUGGGGAUUAUGGCGGAGUUGGCGGCGUGUGUGGGGCCGAAGGUGGCGGGGGAGGCGGUGGUGGAUUUGGGGCGGUGA